UUGUUGAUUUAAAUUCACAUUUUCUCAGUACAGUAUACCAUAACCACUUGGCAAACUAUGAAUGAGAACUGGAUUGACAAAGUACAAUGGUGGGUUUUUUGUUUGUUUGGUUUGUUUGACAACAUGGCCGGAAACAGUAACGCACUGCUCCUGCUAAGCUUUACAGCACACAAAGUCUACUUGGCUGACUCAGUUACUCAGGUCAAGGCACCAGACUGCUGUAGCUCAUUCAUACGCCUUACUUCUACACAAUACUGGAACUAUCUCUCAGCAGAAGCGCUUACAACUGCACAGAAGGUCCAGUUUUUCCCAAUUAAGUCUUUGGAAGUCUCCAGUAUGGUAAUUUUUUUAAAGCAAGGAAAUAAAACUAGAUCACAGGUUCCUCACCCACUUUCCUCGUCAAAACCAAUGCACUCGAUAAAUAAGAAAUGUGAGGAAAACAUGGUAAGGGAACAAAAUCAUUACCAAACGCGGUAAUUAUUAUCUAUAUAACUUGCCCGCUUUGUGUUCUGGGCGAUCCCAGCUCAGGAUCCCUCUCCAGCUGUGAAAAUAGAUAUACAGGGCUCGUAUCUCUGCUCUGUGUUUCCGAGCGGCUUCGAAGCUGGGCUGUAUUUACAGUCACUGGGAAUUUUUAUUGCCGGAGGCCAUUCAAAACCAUCGCGAUGACUCAGACAUUAAAGGCUGGAGCCACGCCGAGCCCGGAUAAACGUGCAGGAAAUUAGCACUUCCUCAAGGAAAGAGACGGUAACCUUGGUUCAGCCUAACCGUCGCCUGCCCACCUUCCCAGUUCGUUACAUCGUCAAAGACCCGUGCCGCUCCCUGCUUUAACCAAGGCGGGGGGGAACCGAAGCCGAGACACACCCGUGAGGCUUCUGACAACUCCCAGAAUGCUUCACCGGCGGCCAUGCUGGCUGGGGCUUCUGGGAGUUGAAGUCCAAAAUAUGGGCGAAGCGAAAGUUUCCCCGCUGCCGCGCAGAGGCGACGCAAGCACCGCCGGCUAGAGCCAGUGUUUGUUUUACGGCGAGGGGCUUGCAGGGACACGCGGCGUACGCGGUGGGCGUAGCUUCCUGAGCGAGUGACGUCAUCAGGAAACCCUCCCUCCGCCUUCCUCGGCCACUCAGCGGAAGGGUUUUUUUAAAACAACAAUUCCUUUAACGCUUUCGUUCCAAACCGGCGCUCGACGUCGUGAACCAGGCUUUCUUUCGUCGGCCUUCCGUAUCCGGCGUCUAUCCGUCACUUCCUGCGGACGCUCGGCGAUCUCUCCCUUUCUCUCUUUACCCCCCUCUCCCCUCCCCCUUUCUCCGGACCCGGAUGCUGACUGGCGGCGGCAGCGGCGGCGGCUCCUCUCGGGACUGUCAGUGAGCGGCUCCGCCGGGCCUCUUGUCCUGUGAGAUGGCGGAGGAGGAGGAGGCCGGGGGAGCGUCUUGUUCCUCGGCUCCGGGGCCCGCGGCGACCGGGCCCGGGCCAGGCCUCUGCGAAUGGCUGCUGCUGCGGGACGGUUGCCUGCGUUGCGACGCCGACGGGCUCUGCAGCCUCUGUUACCACCCGGCUCUUAACGCCAUCCUGGCCGUGACCGCCCGCGGCGCCAUCAAAGUCAUCGACGGCACCUCAGGGGCUACGCUGCAGGCGUCGGCGCUCAACGCUAAGCCAGGUGGACGGGUAAAAUGUCAGUAUAUUUCUGCUGUGGAUAAAGUCGUCUUCGUGGAUGAUUAUGCUGUUGGCUGUAGGAAAGAUUUGAAUGGCAUCUUGUUGUUGGACACAGCUCUGCAAACCCCAGUCUCUAAGCAGGAUGAUGUGGUUCAUCUUGAACUGCCAGUGACAGAGGCUCAACAACUGUUAUCUGCUUGCAUAGAAAAGGUGGAUGUGUCAAGCACAGAGGGAUAUGAUUUGUUUCUCGCACAACUGAAAGAUGGCUUAAAAAAUACCUCACAUGAAACAGCAGCAAACCACAAAGUUGCAAAGUGGGCAACAGUAACGUUCCAUCUUCCUCAUCAUGUACUGAAGUCUGUCGCCAGUGCCAUUGUAAAUGAACUCAAGAAGAUAAAUCAAAAUAUUGCUGCCUUACCUGUAGCUUCAUCUGUAAUGGAUAGAUUGUCUUACCUCUUGCCCAGUGCACGACCUGAGCUUGGUGUGGGGCCUGGCCGAUCAGUAGAUAGAUCAUUAAUGUAUAGUGAGGCAAAUAGACGGGAAACAUUCACCUCAUGGCCUCAUGUAGGUUAUAGGUGGGCACAACCAGAUCCCAUGGCUCAAGCUGGAUUUUACCAUCAGCCUGCCUCAUCAGGAGAUGACAGAGCCAUGUGUUUUACGUGUAGUGUGUGUUUGGUGUGCUGGGAACCAACAGAUGAACCUUGGUCCGAACAUGAAAGACAUUCCCCCAACUGCCCAUUUGUGAAAGGUGAACACACGCAGAAUGUGCCCCUCUCGGUCACACUGGCAACUAGUCCAGCACAGUUUCCCUGUACAGAUGGCACAGACAGGAUAGUCUGCUUUGGAUCUGGAAGCUGCCCUCACUUUUUAGCUGCUGCAACAAAACGAGGAAAGAUCUGUAUAUGGGAUGUUUCAAAACUUAUGAAGGUGCACUUAAAAUUUGAGGUCAAUGCUUAUGAUUCAGUAAUUGUACAACAGCUUGUGUUGUCUGGAGAGCAGAGCUCAGGGGUGGACUCAAGGAGACCAACAAUUGCAUGGAUAGAAGAUUCAUCAAGCUGUUCAGAUAUACCAAAAUUAGAAGGAGACAGUGAUGAUUUACUGGAGGAUUCGGACAGUGAAGAGCAUUCCAGAUCAGAAUCAGUGACUGGACAUACAUCACAAAAGGAAACCUUGGAAGUGAGCCUUGAUAUAACAGCUCUCAGUAUUCUUCAGCAGCCGGAAAAACUUCAGUGGGAAAUCGUUGCAAAUGUACUUGAAGAUACAGUGAAAGAUUUAGAAGAACUUGGGGCAAAUCCUUGCUUAACUAACUGUAAAAGUGAAAAGAUGAAGGAAAAGCAUCUGGAACAUCAUAACAUUCCCUUUCCUUGUUUGUUAGCUGGAGGUUUAUUAACAUACAAAUCACCUGCUACCUCUCCUGUUAGUAGUAAUUCUCAGCGGUCACUGGAUGAUUUAAGCAGGACUCAAGGUGGUAGUGUAUCAGACCAGGGAUCAACAGACAAUGAAUCCUCUACUAAUUCAGAACUGAAUUCUCCUCUGGUAAGGAGGACUGCACCUAUAUUGUUGCUUUACAGCAUCAAGGAAUCUGAUGAAAAAGCAGGAAAAAUCUUUUCGCAGAUGAACAAUAUCAUGAGUAAAAGUUUACACGAUGAUGGUUUUACAGUUCCACAGAUCAUAGAGAUGGAGCUGGACAGUCAGGAGCAACUGCUCUUGCAGGAUCCUCCUGUGACGUACAUUCAGCAGUUUGCAGAUGCAACUGCUAGCCUAGCUUCUCCAGACUCUGACAAGUGGAAUUCUAUGGUUCCCAAACCUGGGACUUUGGUUCAGUGCCUACGACUGCCAAAGUUUGCAGAGGAGGAGAACUUUUGUGUUGAUUCAAUCACACCUUGUGCAGAUGGAGUUCAUUUGCUAAUAGGACUGCGGGCAUGCCCUGUUGAAUCCCUGAGUGCAAUAAAUCAAGUAGAGGCCUUGAAUAAUUUAAAUAAAUUAAACUCGGCACUAUGUAACAGAAGGAAGGGGGAAAUAGAAUCCAACCUUGCUGUAGUGAAUGGCGCAAAUAUCAGUAUGAUUCAGCAUGAGUCACCAGCAGAUGUGCAGACGCCUUUAAUAAUUCAACCAGAACAAAGGAGUGCUAGUGGUGGUUACCUAGUACUUUACAAAAUGAACUAUGCCACUAGGAUUGUGACUCUAGAAGAGGAGCCCAUAAGAAUCCAGCAUAUCAAAGACCCCCAGGAUACUAUUACCUCAUUGAUUUUGCUCCCACCAGACAUACUGGAUAAUCGAGAAGAUGACUGUGAGGAACCUGCAGAGGAGAUACAAAUAACUUCUAAAAAUGGCAGCGAGCGAGAGAAAAGAUCAGAAAUCUGUACUCUUGGGCAUCUUGUCAUAACCACUCAGGGAGGAUAUGUAAAAAUAUUAGAUCUUUCAAACUUUGAAAUUUUAGCCAAAGUGGAACCACCUAAAAAGGAGGGUACUGAAGAACCAGAUAAAUUUGUCUCUGUAAUAUACUGCUCGGGCACUGAUAGACUGUGUGCAUGCACCAAAGGUGGAGAACUGCAUUUUCUUCAGAUUGGAGGGACUUGUGAUGAUGUUGAUGAAGCAGAUAUACUUGUGGAUGCUUCUCUCUCUAAAGUGACAGAACAGUUAACAGAAGGCACAAAGCCUUUAUCUAACCCUUCCAGUCCAGGCAUUACAGGAGUUGAUCUUUUGGUGGACCAACCAUUUUCCCUUGAAACAUUGACAUCUUUGGUGGAGCUCACUCGCUUUGAAACUUUGACACCACGAUUUUCUGCCACGGUUCCUCCAUGCUGGGUUGAGGUCCAACAAGAACAACAGCAAAGGCGGCAUCCACAACACUUGCACCAACAGCAUCACGGGGAUGCGGCUCAGCAUACUCGGACAUGGAAAUUACAAACAGAUAGCAACAGCUGGGAUGAACAUGUCUUUGAACUGGUCUUGCCAAAAGCCUGUAUGGUUGGACAUGUAGACUUCAAAUUUGUUUUGAAUUCAAACAUCACAAACAUUCCACAGAUUCAAGUGACUUUGCUGAAAAAUAAAGCUCCAGGCUUAGGAAAAGUCAGUGAAGCGGCUGUAGAUAGACAGAUAAGUUUUCCUCUGUCACCAGCUCAUAAUGUUGAAAUGGAAAGGAAUGGAAAACCAGGACUGGAUGAUUUGAAUGAAGAUAUGCAGAAUGUAGACAUAGAGGAUUCACAGUGUCUUCGACUGUGUACCUUCUUAGAGGAUCAUAAAGAAGACAUUCUAUGUGGCCCUGUAUGGUUGGCUACUGGGCUUGAUCUAUCAGGGCAUGCUGGAAUGUUGACUCUAACAAGUCCAAAGCUUGUUAAAGGUAUGGCAGGUGGCAAGUACCGCUCAUUUUUAAUUCAUGUCAAAGCAGUAAAUGAACGAGGAACAGAGGAGAUCUGCAAUGGUGGAAUCUGGCCUGUUGUAAGAAUACCAUCUCUAAAGCCUCAGAAUAGCAAGGGCCAUUCACUUGCUUCACUUUUGGCAAAAGUUGCAGCAGGCAAGGAAAAAUCAUGUAGUAAAACGGAAACCAGCAAUUCGUCACGGAAAUCUGAUAACCUCAGAGGAUGCGACUUGCUUCAAGAAGUAUCAGUCACUAUUAGAAGAUUUAAAAAGACAUCCAUUGCAAAGGAAAGAGUUCAGCGAUGUGCUAUGUUACAGUUUUCAGAAUUCCAUGAAAGACUUCUUAACACCCUUUGCAAAAAGACAGAUGAUGGAGUUGUCACCGAACAUGCUCAGAGUCUUGUAUUAGAUCUGUUAUGUUGGCUGGCAGGAGUUCAGUCCAAUGGACCGGGCAGUUCAAAAGAAGCAAAUGAGAGCCUGUUAUCUAAAACAAAGAUGUGUCUCUUCGAUAUAGUACGUGUUUGCUUUUUUGAAGCAGGACGGAGCAUAGCUCACAAAUGUGCACGGUUCUUAGCUCUUUGUAUAAGCAACGGGAAGUUUGAAGCAAGUCAACAAGGAUUUGGCUCAGCUCUUCUGAAGGCUUUGCUGGGCAAUAUAUCUUACCUACCUGCAGCUGCAACUGGAGGGUCUGUGUAUUGGUAUUUUGUAUUGCUGAAUUAUGUAAAGGAUGAAGAUUUGGCUGGCUGCAGUACAGCUUGUGCAUCCUUGCUAACUGCAGUAUCUAGACAGUUACAGGAUCGGUUAACACCCAUGGAAGCUUUACUUCAAACAAGGUAUGGAUUAUAUAGUUCACCUUUUGAUCCAGUACUGUUUGAUUUGGAAAUGAGUGGCUCCUCUUGUAAAAAUAUAUAUAACAGCAGCAUUGGUGUACAGUCAGAUGAGAUUGACUUAUCUGAUGUUCUCUCAGGGAAUGGAAAGAUCAGUAGCUGUGCUGCAGCUGAAGGUAGUUUUACUUCCCUCACUGGUCUCCUGGAAGUUGAACCCCUGCACUUUACCUGUGUUUCGACUAGUGAUGGAACCAGAAUAGAAAGGGACGAUGCAAGUACGUUUACUGUGAGUACCUUUGGGGUUACCCCAGCAGUUGGUGGCCUCUCAUCUGGGACAGUUGGGGAAGCCUCGACAGCACUGAGUUCAGCGGCCCAGGUAGCUUUGCAGUCUCUCUCUCAUGCAAUGGCCUCAGCAGAGCAACAGCUCCAGGUGCUUCAAGAGAAACAGCAGCAGCUUUUGAAGCUUCAGCAACAGAAAGCAAAGCUGGAAGCAAAACUACACCAGACAACAGCAGCAGCUGCUGCAGCAGCAUCAGCAGUUGGCCCCGUUCACAACUCUGUGCCUUCCAACUCAGUAGCAGCCCCAGGGUUCUUCAUUCAUCCGUCGGAUGUCAUCCCACCCACUCCUAAAACCACCCCCUUGUUCAUGACUCCGCCUCUCACGCCACCCAAUGAGGCAGUUUCUGCUGUUAUCAAUGCAGAGCUUGCACAGCUUUUUCCGGGUUCAGUCAUUGAUCCUCCACCAGUUAACCUUUCUGCACACAACAAAAAUGCAAACAAGUCCAGAACGAAUCCGCUUGGGACUGGUCUUGCUCUUGCAAUUUCUCAUGCUUCUCAUUUUCUUCAGCCUCCCCCUCAUCAGUCCAUCAUUAUAGAACGAAUGCAUUCAGGUGCAAGGAGAUUUGUGACCUUGGACUUUGGUAGACCCAUAUUAUUGACAGAUGUGCUGAUACCAACUUGUGGUGAUCUAGCUUCUUUGUCAAUUGAUAUUUGGACACUUGGUGAAGAAGUCGAUGGAAGAAGAUUAGUAGUCGCAACAGAUAUUAGCACCCAUUCUCUCAUUCUACAUGAUUUAAUACCACCACCUGUUUGCAGGUUUAUGAAGAUUACAGUCAUUGGUCGUUAUGGAAGUACCAAUGCGAGAGCCAAAAUUCCUUUAGGAUUUUAUUAUGGGCAUACAUACAUCUUGCCACUGGAAAGUGAGCUGAAGAUUAUGCAUGAUCCUCUAAGAGGAGAAGUUGAAUCUGCAAACCAGCCAGAAAUUGAUCAACACUUGGCCAUGAUGAUUGCGUUGCAGGAAGACAUACAAUGCAGGUAUAAUUUGGCGUGCCAUAGACUUGAGACACUUCUGCAAAGCAUUGACCUCCCUCCACUAAACAGUGCUAACAAUGCUCAGUAUUUUUUACGAAAACCAGACAAGGCAGUAGAGGAAGACAGUCGAGUAUUUUCUGCCUAUCAAGAUUGUAUUCAGCUACAGCUACAGCUUAAUUUGGCUCAUCAUGCUGUGCAGAGGCUCAAAGUAGCUCUAGGUGCAAGCAGGAAGAUUCUCAAAGAACAAAGAGAUCCCAAAGAGCUGAUUCAGAUGUCCUCCACAGAGCAGUUGCGCACAAUUAUCAGAUACCUGUUGGAUACUUUACUUAGUUUGCUUCAUUCUUCCAAUGGGCACUCUGUUCCUGUGGUUCUACAGAGUACAUUUCAUGCUCAAGCUUGUGAAGAAUUAUUCAAGCACUUGUGUAUCAGUGGGACUCCUAAGAUACGUUUACAUACAGGCCUUCUACUUGUUCAGUUGUGUGGAGGUGAAAGAUGGUGGGGCCAGUUUCUUUCAAACGUUCUGCAAGAGUUAUAUAAUUCAGAACAACUUCUUAUUUUUCCACAGGACAGAGUCUUCAUGUUGCUUUCUUGCAUUGGUCAAAGAUCACUCAGCAACACUGGUGUCUUAGAAAGUUUGUUGAACCUCUUGGAUAAUCUGCUAUCCCCACUUCAGCCCCAGCUACCUGCCCAUAGAUGUACAGAAGGUGUUUUGGACAUUCCUAUGAUUAGCUGGGUUGUGAUGCUGGUGUCCAGGCUCUUAGACUAUGUAGCUACUGUGGAAGAUGAAGCAGCUACAUCUAAAAAACCUUUGAAUGGAAAAGAAAGAGAGAGAUUUUUGACAGGCAAUCAGUGGAGUUUCAUUAAUAAUAACCUACAUACACAGAGCCUCAGUAGAUCUUCAAAAAGCAACAGUAGCUUAGAUAGAUUGUAUUCCAGAAAGAUCAGAAAGCAGCUUGUUCAUCACAAACAGCAACUUAACAUAUUAAAAGCAAAACAGAAGGCUUUGGUGGAACAGAUGGAAAAAGAGAAAAUACAAAGCAACAAAGGAUCAUCCUAUAAACUUUUAGUAGAACAGGCAAAACUAAAACAGGCCACGUCAAAGCACUUUAAGGAUCUGAUUCGUUUACGUCGGACUGCAGAGUGGCCUCGUUCUACAUUAGACACUGAAGUAUCAACUACAAAAGAAACUGUAGAAAUUGAACCCCUUCCAUUUACAUUGGCACAUGAACGAUGUAUCUCCGUAGUACAGAAGCUGGCUCUUUUUCUGUUGUCCAUGGAUUUUACAUGUCAUGCAGAUCUGCUGCUAUUUGUGUGUAAGGUUCUUGCUAGAAUUGCUAACGCCACAAGGCCUACAAUUCAUUUGUGUGAAAUUGUGACAGAAGCUCAGCUGGAAAGGCUGCUGCUGCUUCUGGUUGGAACAGACUUUAACAGAGGUGAUAUCUCUUGGGGAGGAGCUUGGGCUCAGUAUUCUCUGACGUGUAUGCUGCAAGAUAUUCUAGCAGGAGAACUAUUAGCUCCAAUAGCUGCAGAAGCCAUGGAAGAAGCUGCAGUGGGAGAAGAAGCAGGGGCUUCAGCUGCAGACUCUGAUGAUGCUCUUCAGCAGUCGACAGUUCAGUUAGUGGAAACUAUUGAUGAGCCUUUGACACAUGACAUCACAGGGACUCCACCUCUGUCAUCUUUGGAAAAAGAUAAAGAAAUUGAUCUUGAGUUACUGCAAGACCUCAUGGAAGUUGAUAUUGAUCCUCUAGAUAUUGAUUUGGAAAAAGAUCCUCUUGCUGCAAAAGUGUUCAAGCCUAUAAGUAGCACUUGGUAUGAUUACUGGGGUGCUGAUUAUGGUACAUACAAUUACAACCCAUAUAUUGGAGGUGUUGGAAUUUCAGUGGCAAAACCACCAGUCACUACAGAAAAGAAUGGAUCACAAACUGUGUGCGUAUCGGUUUCUCAAGCUUUAGAUGCCCGUUUAGAAGUUGGGCUUGAACAACAAGCAGAACUGAUGCUGAAAAUGAUGUCUACUCUGGAAGCUGAUUCCAUUCUGCAGGCAUUAACUAACACAUCUACAUGUAAUUUUGCACAGUUAAACAUAAACGUCUCUGAAAGUUAUGUAACUCAGUCUCCAAGUGGAACAGAUGAUCUGUUACUACGAGGGCUGCAUGCACCAAAUCAGAACAACCAGUUUAUUAUCCAGCAUUCCUCCAUACCAAUGUUAAGUGCAUGCUUCAACAAACUCUUUUCUAUGCUGCAAGUCCAUCAUGUUCAGCUUGAGUCUCUUCUACAGUUAUGGCUCACAUUAAGCCUGAAUUCUGGGUCCAUAGGGACCAAAGAUAAUUGCACUGACAUUUUCCUGUAUAAUGCCAACCGGACACCUGCCAUUCCUUUAAAUCAAGCAUCAGUAACUAGCUUCCUGACUGUCCUGGCAUGGUAUCCUAAUACCUUACUGCGAACAUGGUGCCUUGUACUUCAUAGUCUAACUCUCAUGACGAACAUGCAAUUCAACUCUGGUCCCAGCAGUGCCAUAACAUCUCAGGAAAGUACUGCCCAGCUGUUGGUGUCGGACCCCAACCUAAUUCAUGUUUUAGUGAAGUUUCUUUCUGGAACCAGUCCUCAUGGAACAAAUCAACACAGUCCACAGGUUGGCCCAACAGCUACCCAAGCUAUGCAAGAAUUUCUUACUCGUUUACAAGUGCACCUUUCUUCAACAUGCCCUCAGAUGUUCAGUGAAUUUUUAUUAAAAUUAAUACAUAUUCUUUCAACCGAAAGAGGUGCUUUCCAGACUGGCCAGGGACCUUUGGAUGCACAAGUGAAGCUUCUGGAAUUUACACUUGAGCAAAACUUUGAAGUUGUUUCAGUGAGCACUAUUUCCGCUGUCAUUGAAUCCAUCACAUUUCUGGUGCACCAUUACAUUACAUGUGCUGACAAAGUGAUGUCUCGCAGUGGGUCUGACAGUUCUGUGGGUGCCCGUGCAUGUUUCGGAGGGCUCUUUGCCAACAUCAUCCGGCCAGGGGAUGCUAAGGCAGUCUGUGGAGAGAUGACAAGGGAUCAGCUGAUGUUUGAUUUGCUGAAGCUGGUCAAUAUUCUAGUGCAGCUGCCACUUUCAAGCAACAGAGAGUAUAGUGCUCGGGCUCAAGUGGCCAGCAGCACUAUGGACAGCGUUUCUGAUGAAGAAAAGGUUUCUGGUGGAAAAGAUAGCAACGGCAACACUGGCAGUACUCAAGGCUCAACAGCCUAUGUCGCUGACCUUGUGUUAGCAAACCAACAGAUUAUGAGCCAGAUUCUCUCUGCUCUGGGUCAGUGUAACAGCAGUGCCAUGGCGAUGAUAAUUGGUGCAAGUGGUUUACAUCUUACAAAACAUGAGAAUUUUCAUGGUGGAUUAGAUGCCAUAUCAGUUGGAGAUGGUUUAUUUACCAUACUAACAACACUGAGUAAAAAAGCCACUACAGUACAGGUGAUGCUUCAGCCUAUUCUUACCUACAUGGCCUGUGGCUAUAUGGGAAGACAAGGUUCUCUUGCUACUUGCCAGUUGUCUGAGCCACUGCUUUGGUUCAUCUUAAGAGUGCUUGAUACCAGUGAGGCACUGAAAGCAUUUCAUGAUAUGGGGGGUGUUCAGCUUAUUUGCAAUAACAUGGUGACCAGUACCAGAGCCAUUGUAAACACAGCAAGAAGCAUGGUUUCAACUAUUAUGAAAUUUCUGGACUCUGGCCCUAGCAAGGCCACAGAUAAUAGUCUGAAGGCAAGAGUACUAGCUUCUGAGCCAGAUAAUGCAGAAGGAAUCCACAAUUUUGCACCAUUGGGUUCAAUCACUUCAAGCAGUCCUACAGCCCAGCCGGCCGAAGUUCUCCUACAGGCAACUCCACCUCACAGAAGAGCUCGGUCUGCUGCAUGGUCCUAUAUUUUUCUGCCAGAGGAGGCCUGGUGUGACCUUACAAUCCACCUUCCAGCUGCAGUGCUGUUAAAAGAAAUACACAUCCAGCCUCAUCUUGCAUCUCUUGCAACAUGUCCUUCAUCAGUAUCCAUUGAAAUAAGUGCAGAUGGAGUGAAUAUGCUACCCUUGUCUACACCUGUUAUCACAAGUGGUCUUACCUACAUAAAAAUACAACUUGUAAAAGCUGAAGUUGCCUCAGCUGUUUGUCUUCGCCUUCACCGCCCUCGAGAUGCUAGCACGUUGGGUCUCUCUCAGAUUAAAUUGCUUGGUCUCACUGCCUUUGGCAACACUUCAUCUGCAACUGUAAAUAAUCCAUUCCUUCCCUCUGAAGACCAGGUAUCCAAAACAAGCAUUGGAUGGUUAAGGUUGUUACAUCAUUGCCUCACUCACAUAAGCGAUUUAGAAGGAAUGAUGGCUAGUGCUGCAGCACCUACUGCAAAUCUGUUGCAAACAUGUGCUGCUCUGCUAAUGUCUCCAUACUGUGGCAUGCAUUCUCCAAAUAUUGAAGCUGUGCUCGUAAAAAUUGGCCUUCAGUCCACCAAGAUAGGCCUAAAAUUAAUAGACAUUCUUUUAAGAAACUGUUCUGCAUCUGGAAGUGAUCCAACAGAUUUGAAUAGUCCCUUGCUUUUUGGAAGACUAAAUGGGCUGUCAUCUGACUCCACAAUUGACAUUCUCUAUCAGCUUGGGACAACUCAGGACCCUGGAACAAAAGAUAGAAUUCAAGCCCUGUUGAAGUGGGUAAGCGAUUCGGCCAGAGUAGCUGCUAUGAAAAAAAGUGGCCGAAUUAACUACGUCUGUCCAAACAGCUCUACAAGAGAGUAUGGUCUUCUCAUGCCAUCUCCUUCCCAUUUGCACUGUGUGGCAGCAAUUUUAUGGCACAGUUAUGAAUUGCUUGUGGACUAUGACUUACCAGCAUUGCUGAAUGGGGAGCUUUUUGAAUCUCUCUUUAAUUGGUCCAUGUCACUACCUUGCAAUAUGGUUUUGAAGAAAGCUGUUGAUAGUCUCCUUUGUUCAAUGUGCCACAUUCACCCAAAUUAUUUUUCCUUACUCAUGGGCUGGAUGGGUAUUACUCCUCCCCACAGACUGUCUAUGACAGAUGACUCUAAAAAUGCACAAGCACCUCUUGCACUAACAGAGUCUCACCUGGCUACCCUUGCUGCCUCAUCACAGUCUCCUGAAGCUAUUAAACAGCUGUUGGACUCAGGUUUGCCCUCUCUUCUUGUAAGAAGCCUUGCAAGUUUUUGCUUUAACCAUACUUCUGCCUAUGAUAUCAGUACACAAUCAACAGACAACUCUCAAGACAGGCUGAGAAGACAUCAUAUUCCACAGCACUUUAAUAAAAUGCCCAUCACAGCAGACUUAGUUGCUCCUGUUCUCAGGUUUUUGACGGAUGUUGGGAACAGCAACAUCAUGAAGGACUGGUUGGGUGGCUCUGAAGUCAAUCCACUGUGGACAGCACUUUUAUUUCUCCUGUGUCAUUCUGGUGCUGCAUCUGGAGGACAUGGUGGAGCAACACAGCAGAAUAGUGUUCGGCCUAAUGUACUUUCUUCGACUUCAGGAACAGGACUGACCACUCAGCAGAGGACCGCAAUUGAAAAUGCCACUGUUGCAUUCUUCUUGCAGUGCAUCUCUUGUCAUCCUAAUAACCAGAGAUUGAUGGCUCAGGUUCUCUGUGAACUGUUCCAUUCAUCUCCUCAAAGAAGCAAUCUUCCAACAUCUGGAAAUAUUUCUGGAUUUAUUAGAAGGCUUUUUUUGCAGCUGAUGCUAGAAGAUGAAAAAGUGACAAUGUUCCUUCAGUCACCUUGUCCAUUAUACAAAGGUAGAAUUAAUGCUACCAGUCAUGUAAUUCAACAUCCAAUGUAUGGCGCAGGACACAAGUUCCGUACCCUUCUUUUACCAGUGUCAACAACAUUGGCAGAAGUUCUUGAUCGUGUGUCAGAUACACCAAGUAUAACUGCUAAAUUAAUUAGUGAACAAAAAGAAGACAAGGAAAAAAAGAACUACGAAGAAAAAGAAAAAGUUAAAGCAGAAAAUGGGUUUCAGGACAAUUAUAGUGUUGUUGUUGCCUCUGGUUUGAAGUCUCAGUCAAAAAGAGCUGUAUCAUCUACACCUCCUCGCCCACCCUCAAGACGAGGAAGAGUGAUGGCAGAUAAAGUAGGAAGCUCCUCCACAAGUGGUGACACAUCCAGCAAAACCAUCAGUGUUCCUGUUUUUCAUCUGUACCAUAAAUUGCUGACAGGUCAGCCACUACCACCUGAGAUGACACUUGCCCAGCUUCUGACUCUGCUGUAUGACCGCAAACUUCCACAAGGAUAUCGAUCAAUAGAUUUGGCUGUCAAGCUUGGCUCCAAAGUGAUCUCAGAUCCUAGUCUUUCAAAAACAGACUCAUUUAAGCGGCUCCAUACUGAAAAAGAACAUUCAGAUUUAUUGGGCCCUUGCACUGAAGAUGAAGCAGUUACACCAGGUGAGGAGUGCAUGGAUACGGUGCUGGAUGAAUCCUUUCUUGAAGUAUGCCCCAUUCAGUCUCCGUUGCAAGUUUUUGCUGGAAUGGGUGGCUUGGCUCUCAUCGCAGAAAGACUUCCUAUGCUUUACCCUGAUGUAAUUCAACAAGUGAGUGCUCCAGUGGUUACAUCCACCACCCAAGAGAAGCAGAAGGACAGUGAUCAGUUUGAAUGGGUUACCAUUGAACAAUCAGGAGAACUGGUUUAUGAAGCCCCAGAAACAAUUGCUGCAGAACCACCACCAAUCAAAUCAACAGUUCAAACUAUGUCUCCCAUACCUGCUCAUUCUUUGGCUGCUUUUGGAUUAUUUCUUCGCCUCCCAGGCUAUGCUGAGGUGCUACUUAAAGAGAGGAAACAUGCCCAGUGUCUGCUUAGAUUGGUGCUGGGAGUUACAGAUGAUGGUGAAGGAAGUCAUAUUCUGCAGUCUCCUUCAGCCAAUGUGCUUCCAACCCUUCCAUUUCAUGUGCUGCGUACCUUGUUCAGCACUACACCUUUGACUACUGAUGAUGGAGUACUUCUUAGGCGAAUGGCGCUGGAAAUUGGGGCAAUACAUCUUAUCCUUGCCUGCCUAUCUGCUCUUAGCCAUCAUGCUCCAAGAGUUCCAAAUUCAAGUCCCAAUCAGACAGAGCCACAGGUAUCAAGCACACAUAAUAGUGCAUCCACAGAAGAACAGCAGCUCUACUGGGCUAAAGGCACUGGAUUUGGAACUGGUUCUACUGCUUCUGGAUGGGAUGUGGAACAAGCUUUAACCAAACAGAGACUGGAAGAAGAGCAUGUGACUUGUCUCUUGCAGGUUUUGGCUAGCUAUAUAAAUCCUGCAGGCAGCACAUCAAAUGGAGAUGCCCCUUCCAGCCAUGAAAGCAGAGGGCAAAACAGCAAUGCCCUUCCUUCAGUUCUGCUAGAGCUACUUAGUCAAUCAUGUCUUAUUCCAGCAAUGUCAUCUUAUCUCCGCAAUGAUUCAGUUUUGGACAUGGCCAGACAUGUGCCCCUCUACAGAGCUUUGUUAGAGCUUCUUCGUGCUAUUGCUUCCUGCCCAUCCAUGGUGCCAUUGUUGCUGCCUCUAUCUGGGGAUAAUGGAGAAGAAGAAGAAGAGCAGUUGGAGUCCCAAGCUUCAGUUGGAACUCUUUUGGCUAAAAUGAAAACAUGUGUGGACACCUACACUAAUCGUCUGAGAUCAAAGAAGGACAAGUCUAAAACUGGAGCAAAGUCAGAUACAUCAGAUCAGGAACCUGAGGGCCUAACACUUCUGGUGCCAGAUAUCCAAAGGACGGCAGAGAUAGUAUAUACUGCCACAACAAGUUUGCGCCAAGCAAAUCAAGAAAGAAAAUUGGCUGAGUAUUCUAAAAAAUCUGCAGUGAAACCCAAGCCCUUGUCUGUUUUAAGAUCCCUUGAAGAAAAGUAUGUGGUUGUAAUGAAAAAACUCCAGUUUGAUACUUUUGAAAUGGUUUCUGAAGAUGAUGAUGGAAAACUGGUGUUUAAAGUAAAUUACCACUACAUGUCUCAGGUGAAAAAUGCCAGUGAUGCAAAUAGUGCUGCCCGAGCCCGGCGUCUUGCUCAAGAAGCUGUAACACUUUCUACAUCGCUGCCACUUUCUUCUUCAUCCAGUGUCUUUGUCCGCUGUGAUGAGGAAAGAUUAGACAUCAUGAAGGUUUUGAUAACUGGCCCUGCAGACACACCUUAUGCAAAUGGCUGCUUUGAAUUUGAUGUUUAUUUUCCUCAAGACUAUCCUAAUUCACCCCCACUUGUGAAUUUGGAAACAACUGGAGGACACAGUGUGAGAUUUAAUCCAAACCUUUACAAUGAUGGCAAGGUUUGUUUAAGUAUACUUAAUACCUGGCAUGGAAGACCAGAAGAGAAGUGGAAUCCUCAGACAUCAAGCUUUUUACAAGUACUGGUGUCUGUCCAAUCCCUCAUACUAGUUGCAGAGCCCUAUUUCAAUGAGCCUGGAUAUGAAAGAUCUAGAGGGACUCCAAGUGGUACUCAGAGUUCCAGAGAAUAUGAUGGAAAUAUACGGCAAGCAACAGUCAAGUGGGCUAUGCUUGAACAAAUCAGAAAUCCUUCACCAUGUUUUAAAGAGGUUAUACAUAAACACUUUUACUUGAAGAGAAUAGAGAUCAUGGCUCAGUGUGAGGAGUGGAUAGCAGAUAUACAGCAGUACAGCAGCGAUAAACGGGUAGGCAGGACUAUGUCUCAUCAUGCUGCAGCUCUAAAGCGUCACACAGCUCAGUUGCGGGAAGAGCUCCAGAAACUCCCUUGCCCUGAAGGCCUGGACCCAGAUGCCGAUGAUUCAGCUGAAACAUGCAGUGCCAUGACAAGUGCUGAGGAUGCUCUCUUGCAUGAGCAAGUCAAACCGAGCAGCAGUAAAGACCUCCCAAGUGACUUCAAAUUAUGAGCUGCAUUGACAUGGACUUGAUAGACACACAAGGCUUUGAAGCACAAGCCAAAUAUGUCAAUAUUUGUAUCUAAGAAGCUAAUUAUGUAAUAGGUAAUGAAACUGAAACUAUACUAUGCCCUUCAGGUUAUACAGUUUAAUUCAAGAUGAUCUUUUAUUUACCUGUACAAGAGUGUAAACUUUUUUGUGCUUUUAUUUUCCAAUUGUGAGAACCACUGAUUGGUAUGUUCAAAAAGUUAUGUAUACAAGAAUGGAUAAAUCACUGAUAUAUAAGGGAAGCUACCUUAGGAAAGAAUGUUUACUGAAUGUUUAUUAUAAUUUUUUUUUACUUGUAGAGUGAGGGCGGUUGUAACAAAGAAUAUAUAUUGGUCAUUCUUACUGCUACUAUUUAAAGUCAGACAGUUUUCACUGAAUUUGAUAGAUUUUACGUUUGGCCAUAUCUCCAUUCUCGUAUUUGAUUUCUAAAGAGAACCUCCUGUAUACUUCAAUAAAGGUCAAAUGGACAUGCUCCCUCUUAUGAUUACUGGUACAUUUUUUAAAUCUGCCAUAAGUUCAUUAUAGUUGAAGACUUGCACUUAUAUGACUGAAUUUAUUACAGUCGACAUAUUUAAUUUUAUGCUUAACUAAUUCUAAAAUGCGGAUGAAAUAAAUGCACAUGGUUUUACCUCA